AUGAGCGCCACUCCUCAACUCCGGUCUGCGUUUCCUCAAACACCGCAGACGCACCAGAAGACGCGAGGGCACGGGUCUCCAGUCCGAACGAAACCAAAGGCGACCGAUGGAUUGAAGUCUUCGGUGGUUGACCGGCAGGAAUCCAGUGGUCCGCUUGUCCCUGUGGAAAUCAUCGAUGCUCCUUCACAGAGGCUCUAUGUUGUGGCAAUCUAUGUUGCACUCAGUGCAUGGCGAAUAUUUGACUCUUGGGGAGCGUCUGACGAGCUGGAUUCGACAUGGCUAUUUUUAAAAUGGAAUUUUAUCGACGGAGUCUUUCUUUUCAGCAUCCAAGCUUUGAGGAUACCCUGGUUAGAAUGGGCUUUCCCGACAUUUCUCGCAAUCUUUCUGCUUCAUGCAGCUGCUAAUGUAUUCUUGAUGUUCCGUAUCCCGCUACCUGUAGGAACGUGGGCUGGUAUUUUGGUUAAGAUGGUCUAUGACAGAGAGUUGUCUAUAUCGGAACGCAGUGUGAAACCUGCUGAUAUAAUCUACAAUGCGUCUUUGAUACUGGGAAAGCAGAUAAUUCAUAUUCUUCCAGAAGGGUCGGCCACAUUAAAUCCAGAUCGGGUGCCAUUCUGUCUCGGCCCACAGCAAUCGUCUAUUGCUCUGCCUAUCCGUAUUAAUCAAACCACACCCGUUCUGAUAGAAUUAUUGCGUUAUGAUUUGCAUACUGGACAAAAUGAGACGAUCACAAUAUCGUCAAAGCAACUGAAGCAGCUGAAACGACAGGCAGACAAGAGACAACCACAGCAUGAAUCUCCAUCGCAUCGCGACUUGCUAUUUCCGGUUCGAAAGACUGGCAUUUACCGGCUUCAGCGGGUCUUGGACGAGUCCAACCUUGAGGUGCAGACACGUGUAUCUGAUACUCCAGUCGUAUCUUGUCCUAAGGCUCUCCUGAAAACAUCUCAUUCAGAUAAAUGCAGAGGAGAUCUAUCAGAUCUCACACUUGAGGUUGAGGGGACACCUCCUAUGAAGAUAAAAUAUAGUCGCAGAGUGAACGGGUUGGAUGGUGGGUUUUCUUUCCAGAACAUUCAGCCGGAGAGCCUGCGUUCCCCCUUGCUGAAUCGGAAACAUGACGGGCUUCUCAUCAAUUCAAACAUUCCGGAUUUGGUCUGGGCGCAAAGCCAGAGGUUGGAAAUUCCAUUAAACGAAUCUCUAAAUGCAGGUGGAGAGUGGGUGUACGCGAUUGAGGAGGUUCAUGACGCCUGUGGGAAUGUCGCCAACUACUCUUCAUAUCUUGAUGAAAUGGACCGAGCAUCUACAAAAGCUUUACCACAGUGGCACCAGUUUUCCGUGCACGAACGUCCUCGGUUGUCCUUUGCUGGUUGCAACGCCCAGAAGUUUCUGGAGGUUGCAAAAGAUGAUUCAAUAGAACUUCCUAUUCGAUUUUACUCCGUUGGACGGAACUACGACAACGAUGCUCCGUUCCAAGUAACCUAUUCUUUUUCUGAUUCUGACGUUUCUGACAAUCCCAGCGUCUCUAAGGUUCGACAAGUUCAUUUAAAGAAUAUCGAUCUAAGACCUCGAAUUAAGGAACAAGGGUGGUAUACUCUCAAUACAGUUUCCAGUCGAUUCUGCUCGGGAGAGAUCUUAGAGCCCUCCUCCUGCUUCUUGCACCAUCCCCCGGAGCCCGAGUUGACCAUUCGACAUGAGAAGGUUUUUGACAAAUGUGCAAACAACUCCGUUGGUCUCCUCGUUGAUUUGGACUUGGUUGGCUCUCCACCGUUCCGUUUACGUUAUAGUAUCGAGAACGAAAGGGGUAUGGAGACGCACUUGAAAGUCAUUGAAGGGCUGCGCGGACAGCUUGACUUCACGCCGUCCGAAGCGGGUCACUAUCGUUAUCGUUUCUUGGACAUAGCAGACAAUGUCUAUGGGGCGCGGUCUCUUAAAGAUAAACUGCCGCUUCUGGAACAGGACGUGAAACCUCCUGCGUCAGCCCAUUUUCUGGGACCACGAGAAAUACGAAAAGCCUGCUUUGGGGAACCUGUUUCUGUGGAUGUCUCUUUCGUGGGAGAAGCCCCUUGGACCCUGCAAUAUGAGCUUGUUCAUAAUGGCAAGAAGGUCAAGCAGGUUCUCAACAGCGACAGCGAAUUGGCGACAAUUUCCACAGAACCGCUUCUAAGUGGGGGCGAAUACAUCCUUUCUUUGACGAGCGUCAAAGACAGAUCAAACUGCAAGCGAAUUCUUAAAGAAAGCAUACAGAUCGAGGUGUGGCCGAAGAAACCCCAUGCGUCUUUUGGCCUGCUUGACGAAAAGAGGAAUACCCUGGCCUUAGAGAAUUCGGUUGUUGAACUCCCGCUGAGACUCAGCGGUCAGGCACCGUGGACCGUCAAAUUCCGAAAUCUUAAUUCUAGUCAUCCAACUCUAUCUGAGAAGACGCUAUGGGAUGAGAACGGUGCAAUCGAAGUCUCCCAAGAAGGCCUCUAUGAGCUUGUCGAGGUUUCCGAUGCUACCUGUCCAGGUACUAUAGACCAAUCAGCACGUCUAUUCGAGAUAUCUUGGAUACCUCGGCCAAGAUUCUCUGCGUUGGACGGGAGUGAUGUCAAAGAAGGCGAUAGCAUUGCAAAAAGGGAUGUCUGCGAGGGUGAUAAUGAUGUCUUGGAGCUCAAACUUUCUGGUAGUCCUCCAUACAACAUCAAAUAUGAACAGCAACGAAAGAGCGAUCAUGGGACUUCUUUGGUCAGAGUACAGAGCCUGAAGAGCGCCCUCGAUGUGGCUUCCUUGGAUAUGGAUACUUCUAGGGCUGGGGAGUAUGUAUACAAAUUCACAGAGCUCUCUGACAGUCUCUAUGACUAUGAUCCGAAGAAGCACUCUUCUGUCAGUGUCACUCAAAAAGUCAAUCCUCUGCCCUCUGCUCGGUUCGAGUUCCCAGGUCACAUUUACGCCUUCUGUAAGGAGGACAGUGAUGGUGAUGAAGUCAUACCAAUAGUCCUCGAGGGGGUGCCCCCGUUUUCACUUGAGAUCACCAUCAAGCAUCACUCGAAUUCAAAACCGGAGAUAGUGACAAUACCCCAUAUCGGUUCGCAUAGGCACAACCUCCCCAUUCCUCGUCGGCAUCUCGAGCUAGGUCAACAUGUUGUCAGCAUCCAUAAGGUACGCGACGCACGUCGAUGCCAGCGAACAUUCGAUCGUGACGCAUCUUCUGUCCGAGUAGCGGUGUCUGAUGUCCCUACAAUCAUACCUCUCGAAUCUCAAUCCGAUUAUUGUGUCGGAGAACGAAUUUCUUUCUCACUCUCUGGUCAUGCCCCAUUCGAGGUGUUCUACACAUUUGAUGGCAUCCAAAGAAGGGCGGUUUCUCAAAGUACUAAUUUUCGGCGCAUUGCUGAGAAGCCGGGCAACUUCACUAUUACAGCUGUCAGCGAUGGUGCUAGCGGCAGGUGCAAGGCUCACAAAAAUAUAACCAAAGUUAUUCAUGAAAUGCCAAGUGUGAGGAUUAGCAAGGGGCAAAUUUCUGUUGUUGAUAUCCACGAAGGCAGAGAAGCGGAAAUCAAUUUUGAAUUUUGGGGAACCCUCCAUUUGAGUUUACGUAUACUCGAAGCUCAAAUGCCAGGAAGGGAAAGAAAUCCGAGAUAUUAG